AUUACUUUCCACUUUAGAUUAUUUUUGCAAUUCAACUUCUAAUAGAAGACAUGAUUUGAACUUGUCAGGGUAUUUUUCACUAGGAAACAUUUGACAGAAUCUUUUUGUUAGAAUUAGCUGACAUAAAUUAAUGGAUACAUACAAAAAAUAAAAUAUUUUGGGGUACAUGUGAAACAACAUUUUUGGAAUUUAAACAGUGCUACUCUUUGUGGCUGUCAAUGGUGGCUUCCAAGGUAAAACAGCAAGUUUAUUCAAGGAGGAUGAGAAAGUCCCUCUUGCCUUUCCAUGGGUCGAACAGCUUUUCCUAUAAUGCUGAUAGAAUGCCUUGCGUAUCUUGAAUAGAACAUUUCAAUAUCAUCCCAGGAGGAAGGUGCAAAGAAACUGUUUUCAUCUGCUUGGAAUGUGGUUGGCCAAAUUUGUCUCACAAGCCUGCAUUGAACUCUGUGCUGGCACUGUAUUGGUCUCUAUAUAGGAACGAAUGAAUCCUUCUUGAAUUUAGUUUGCAUGCCUUUUGGUUGAGAAAUAAAAUGUCUUUGAUACACCAAGUUAGUUCAUGAAAUAUUCUUGAUUCUUUUUCCUCUUUGCUGUUACUGUCUUUAUGAGUUGGGACAUAAAGUAGUGUUCUUUUUGCUUCCUUCUCUCCCUUUCCACCUCUAUCCCUCUUGCCUCCUUCAGUUCUGUCUUUCCCUUCUGCACUGUGGAACAUUCGCAGUUAUUCCUCCUAUCUGGCUGCACUUCUGUAGCUGUUGCCCAUCCACCUGUCCAUUUUCCAGCCUCUAGUAACCAAUCCUGUGCUCACUACUUCAGUGAUGUCAACUUUCUUAGUUUCCACCUGAAAGUGAAAGUAUAUGGGUCUAGUUAACAUAUUGUCCCUCAGACUCAUUCAUGCUGCUAAAAAGGGUAAGAUUUUACUUUUUUGUAUAGUUGUUAUUUUAAUUGUUCUGUUAGUAAGUAGAUUUAGUAGAAAUGGCUUUGUCACCAAUGUUUAUAGUGGGCAGUAUUUGAAAUGAUGAUGACUAAAAUCAGUAAGACCCAGACCUGUGAUUCAGUCCUUCAUUCUAAGUACUGACUGUGUGCCAGGCCCUGUUCUGAGCUCUGUGAAUUCAGUAAGCAAGAUCAAGGACUUUGCUUCCCUGGAGCUUACACUCCAGUUCAAGGGGACUCCACAAAUAACCAAGGAAACAUCAGCUAGAGAUCAGUGCUAGGCAGAGAAUUUAAAAUAAGCCUGAGUAGUCACUAGGGACUGGACUGCCAAGUGGGCUUCAGGUAGGAGGGGGAACGCAAAGCUUAGCUCCACAGCACUUUACAAGUAGGUUACAUGGAUGUGGAUGGAGAGAAGGAGUCAGGCCUAUGAAGAUCAGAGGGAGAACAUCUCUGCACAGAACAACUGGAACUGUGUGCCUGAGGUUAGCGUGGGUAUGUCAUGUGCAAAGUUGAGUAAACAGAACUGUGUUGCUAGAAUGAGUGGGCGUGGAGUGAGGGUAUGGGGGUUACACAGGGGCCUGCCAUAGAGGCUUUGUUGACCAAGGCGUAAGUUCCCAUAUACUAAGCUUUGGAAACGUUUAGCAGGAAGAUGAUGCCAUCUAUGUUGUGUCGGUUCUUGCCAGCUAUAGGUGUCUGACACGGUACACAGGAAGAGAGUGAGUAAGAAAAGAUGGCAGAAAGAGACAAGUGCGCUCUGGGGCAGGCUGAGGGUCUACAGCAUCUCGAGCCAGGGCAGCUCUGCUUUUCUCUAUCUGCAGGAUACAACAAGAAAAAAAAAAAAAAAGAUUUGUUUCCCAAAAUGCUGCCAUUGCUUAAAAUUGGAGAAACAGAAGAGAUGGCCCUUGUUAGUUCUAAUGAAAGGAACUCAAAGACCUGACACUGAAGGCUGGCCUCCCAGUCCAGCUUUUCACUCGCGAGAACGUCAGUAUUCUGUAUGUAGCAGUGAAGAUUCUCCUGGCUCUUGUGAAAUCCUGCAUUUCUCAAUCGGUGGUCCUGAUCAGCUCAUGGUACACAAAGGGAAAUGUGUUGGCAAUGAUGAACAGCUUGGAAAAUUAGUGUACAAUGCUUUGGAAACAGCCACCGGCAGCUUUGUCUUGCUGUAUGAGUGGAUCCUUCAAUGGCAGAAAAAAAUGGGUCCGUUUCUUACCACUCAAGAAAGAGAGAAGAUUGAUAACUGCAAAAAGCAGAUUCAAGGGGCAGAAACAGAAUUCAGCUCGCUGGUGAAACUGAGCCAUCCAAAUGUAGUGCGCUACUUUGCCAUGAGUCACAGAGAACAAGAUAACUCCAUUGUGGUGGACAUUUUAGUGGAGCACAUUAGUGGAGUCUCUCUUGCCACUCACAUGAGUCACACAGGCCCCAUCCCCGUGCACCAGCUUCGCCGCUACGCAGCUCAGCUCCUGUCUGGCCUGGAUUAUCUGCACAACAAUUCUGUGGUGCACAAGGUCCUAAGUGCCUCUAAUGUCCUGGUGGACGCAGAAGGUACCAUCAAGAUUACGGACUACAGCAUUUCAAAGCGCCUCGCAGACAUCUGCAAGGAGGAUGUGUUCGAGCAGACCCGAGUUCGUUUCAGUGACAAUGCUCUGCCUUAUAAAGCCGGGAAGAAAGGAGAUGUUUGGCGCCUUGGCCUUCUGCUGCUCUCCCUCAGCCAGGGACAGGAAUGUGGGGAGUACCCUGUGACCAUCCCCAGUGACUUACCAGCCGACUUUCAAGAUUUCCUGAAAAAAUGUGUUUGCUUGGAUGAUAAGGAGAGGUGGACCACUCCGCAGCUGUUGAAACACAGCUUUCUCAAUCCUCAGCCGAAGGCGCCUCUAGUGGAACAGAGUCCUGAAGAUUCCGCGGGCCAGGAUUAUGUUGAGACUGUCAUUCCCAGCAAUCGGCUCCCCAGCGCAGCAUUCUUCACGGAGACCCAGAGGCAGUUUUCCCGGUAUUUCAUUGAGUUUGAAGAGUUGCAGCUUCUUGGCAAAGGGGCUUUUGGAGCUGUCAUCAAGGUACAGAACAAGCUGGAUGGCUGCUGCUACGCGGUGAAGCGCAUCCCCAUCAACCCCGCCAGCAGGCACUUCCGCCGGAUCAAGGGUGAAGUGACACUGCUGUCACGCCUGCACCAUGAGAACAUCGUACGCUACUACAACGCGUGGAUCGAGCGGCAUGAGCGGCCGGCUGGCCCAGGAACACCACCUGGGGACUCGGAGUCCCUGGCUCAGGACACGCGAGCGGCACGUGGGCAGGCAGCAGGUGACACGGACAGCCCAGACAGCGUGGAGGCCAACGCUCCACCACCCAUCCUCACCAGCUCCGUGGAGUGGAGCACGUCGGGCGAGCGCUCAGCCAGUGCUCGCUUCCCAGCCACCGGCCCUGGCUCCAGCAGCGACGAAGAGGAUGAUGAGGAAGAGGACGAACACGACGGGGUCUUCUCCCAGUCCUUCCUGCCUGCUUCAGAUUCUGAAAGUGAUAUUAUCUUUGAUAAUGAGGAUGAGAACAGCAAAAAUCAGAAUCAGGAUGAAGACUGCAAGCAGAAGAAUGGUGGCCGUGAAAGUGAGCUAUCAGUAACAACUGAGGCUGUGCACUAUCUGUAUAUCCAGAUGGAGUACUGCGAAAAGAGCACUCUACGCGACACCAUCGACCAGGGACUGUUCCGAGACACCACCAGACUCUGGAGGCUUUUCCGGGAGAUCCUGGAUGGGCUGGCUUAUAUCCAUGAGAAAGGAAUGAUUCACCGGGAUUUGAAGCCUGUCAACAUAUUUUUGGAUUCUGAUGACCAUGUGAAAAUAGGUGAUUUUGGUUUGGCAACAGACCAUCUAGCCUUUGCUGCUGACAACAAGCAAGAUGAUCAUUCUGACCAUUUGAUUAAAUCCGACCCUUCGGGUCACCUGACGGGCAUGGUUGGCACUGCUCUGUAUGUAAGCCCGGAAGUGCAAGGGAGCACCAAGUCUGCAUACAACCAGAAAGUGGAUCUCUUCAGCCUGGGAAUUAUCUUCUUUGAGAUGUCCUAUCACCCCAUGGUCACAGCCUCCGAACGGAUCUUUGUCCUCAGCCAACUUAGAGAUCCCACUUCGCCUAAAUUUCCGGAAGACUUUGAUGAUGGAGAGCAUGCAAAGCAGAAAUCUGUCAUCUCCUGGCUGUUGAACCAUGAUCCAGCCAAGCGGCCCACAGCCAUGGAGCUGCUCAAGAGCGAGCUGCUGCCUCCACCCCAGAUGGAAGAGUCAGAGCUGCACGAAGUGCUGCAUCACACGCUGGCCAACGUGGACGGGAAGGCCUACCGCACCAUGAUGGCCCAGAUCUUCUCCCAGCGCAUCUCCCCCGCCAUCGACUACACCUACGACAGUGACAUCCUCAAGGGUAACUUCUCCAUCCGCACAGCCAAGAUCCAGCAACAUGUAUGUGAGACCAUCAUCCGCAUCUUUAAAAGACAUGGAGCUGUCCAGUUGUGCACCCCACUGCUGCUCCCCAGAAACAGGCAAAUAUAUGAGCACAAUGAAGCUGCCUUAUUCAUGGACCACAGCGGGAUGCUGGUGAUGCUGCCCUACGACCUACGGGUCCCUUUUGCAAGAUAUGUGGCAAGAAAUAACAUACUGAAUUUAAAACGAUAUUGCAUAGAACGUGUAUUCAGACCUCGCAAGUUAGAUCGAUUUCAUCCCAAAGAACUUCUAGAAUGUGCAUUUGACAUCGUCACUUCCACCACCAACAGCUCCCUGCCCACUGCUGAAAUCAUCUAUACCAUCUAUGAAAUCAUCCAGGAGUUUCCAGCCCUUCAGGAAAGAAACUACAGUAUUUACUUGAAUCAUACCAUGCUGCUGAAAGCAAUACUGUUACACUGUGGAAUCCCAGAAGAUAAACUCAGUCAAGUCUAUGUUAUUCUAUAUGAUGCUGUGACGGAGAAGCUGACGAGGAGAGAAGUGGAAGCUAAAUUUUGUAAUCUGUCUUUGUCCUCGAACAGUCUGUGUCGACUCUACAAGUUUAUUGAGCAGAAGGGAGACUUGCAAGACCUAACGCCCACAGUAAACUCCCUAAUCAAACAGAAGACAGGAGUGUCCCAGUUGGUAAAAUACGGCUUAAAAGAUCUGGAAGAGGUCGUCGGGCUGCUGAAGAAGCUCGGUGUGAAGUUACAGGUGCUGAUCAACCUGGGCCUGGUCUACAAGGUGCAGCAGCACAACGGAAUCAUCUUCCAGUUUGUGGCAUUCAUCAGACGAAGGCAGAGGGCUGUCCCUGAAAUCCUCGCUGCUGGCGGCAGAUACGACCUGCUGAUUCCCCAGUUUAGAGGACCGCAAGCCCUGGGGCCAGUGCCCACUGCCAUCGGGGUCAGCAUAGCCAUUGACAAGAUAUGUGCUGCUGUCCUCAAUGUGGAGGAGCCCGCUACAACAAGCUCUUGCGACCUCCUGGUUGUCAGUGUUGGCCAGAUGUCCAUGUCGAGGGCCAUCAACCUGACCCAGAAACUCUGGGCAGCAGGAAUCGCAGCAGAGAUCAUGUACGACUGGUCACAGUCCCAAGAGGAACUACAGGAGUACUGCAGACAUCACGAAAUCACCUAUGUGGCACUUGUCUCUGAUAAAGAAGGCAGUCAUGUCAAGGUCAAGUCUUUUGAGAAGGAAAGGCAAACAGAGAAGCGUGUGCUGGAAUCUGAUCUCGUGGACCAUGUUGUGCAGAAGCUGAGGACUAAAAUCAGCGAUGAGAGGAGUAUCAGAGAAGUCUCUGAUAAUCUUGCAGUGCAAAAUCUGAAGGGGUCCUUUUCUAAUGCCUCAGGUUUGUUUGAAAUCCACGGAGCAACAGUCAUUCCCAUCGUGAGUGUGAUCGCCCCGGAGAAGCUGUCGGCCAGCACCAGGAGGCGGUACGAAACCCAGGUGCAAACCCGACUUCAAACCUCCCUUGCUAACUUACAUCAGAAGAGCAGCGAGAUUGAGAUUCUGGCUGUGGAUCUACCCAAAGAAACCAUCUUACAGUUUCUAUCAUUAGAGUGGGACGCUGACGAACAAGCAUUUAACACAACUGUGAAGCAGCUGCUGUCACGCCUACCAAAGCAAAGAUACCUCAAAAUGGUCUGUGAUGAAAUUUAUAACAUCAAAGUAGAAAAAAAAGUGUCUGUGCUAUUCCUGUAUAGCUACAGAGAUGAUUACUACAGAAUCUUAUUUUAACCUGGAAGAAGUGUCAUUACACUGUUCAAAGUCAGGAGCUUAACACUGGAAUAAUGGAAUGUUGUACAUUCAUUGUAAUUUUAUGUUUGAAUUCUUAGAAGCUGUCCCACAAAGUUGAGUUUUGUCAGCUUUUCAUGUGUAAUAUAUUAUAAAUUAUCUUUUUGAAUAUAAUAAAAGCUUUCAUACA